AUGGAUUUUUUGAAAGCUAGAACUAGAACAGCUGGUCUCAGAGGUAGACCAUUACGACUUGCCAUUACUGCUACUGCAGUUACUGGUUUUUCCCUUUUCGGUUAUGAUCAAGGUCUUAUGUCUGGUCUUAUAUCCGGUGAACAAUUCAACUGGGAAUUCCCUGCUACUAAAGAUGAUGCAACUAUUCAAGGUGCUGUUACUGCAUGUUAUGAAUUGGGUUGUUUCUUUGGUGCUAUUUUUGCUUUAAUUAGAGGUGAAAAAAUUGGUAGAAGACCUUUAAUUAUCGUUGGUUCAUUUAUUAUUAUCAUUGGUACUGUUAUUUCCUGUACUGCUUUUAGACCACAUUGGCCAUUAGGACAAUUUGUUGUUGGUAGAGUUAUCACGGGUAUUGGUAAUGGUAUGAAUACUGCUACUAUUCCAGUCUGGCAAUCUGAAAUGUCUAAAGCUGAAAACAGAGGUAAAUUGGUUAAUAUGGAAGGUGCUGUUGUUGCCAUUGGUACUUUGGUUGCUUAUUGGUUAGAUUUCGGUUUAUCUUAUGUUAACACUUCUGUUCAAUGGAGAUUCCCAGUUGCUUUCCAAAUCUUUUUUGCUCUCUGGGUCUUGUUUGGUAUCCUUCAAUUGCCAGAAUCCCCACGUUGGUUGAUUGCUCAAGGUAGAAAACCAGAAGCUUAUGAAGUUCUUUCUGCUUUACAUGACACUACUCCAGAUGAUGAUGCUCUUGUUGCUGAAGUCACUGUUAUCGUUGAUGCUGUUUCUAGAACUGGUGGCGGUAAGAAUAGUUUCAGAGACUUGUGGUCUGGUGGUAAGACUGCUCACUUCCAAAGAAUGAUUAUUGGUUCUUCUACUCAAUUUUUCCAACAAUUGACUGGUUGUAACGCUGCCAUUUACUACUCCACUUUGUUGUUCUACCAAACCGUUUUCGAUUACUCCCAAUAUAGAUUGUCUUUGAUCUUGGGUGGUGUUUUCGCUACCAUUUAUGCUUUAUCCACCAUUCCAUCUUUCUUCCUUAUUGAUACUUUGGGUAGAAGAAAAUUGUUCCUCAUUGGUGCUGUUGGUCAAGGUGUUUCUUUCCUUAUCUCAUUUGCUUGUUUAGUUCACCCAACUAAACAAAAUGCUAAAGGUGCUGCUGUUGGUAUUUACUUGUUUAUUGUUUUCUUUGCUUUUACUAUCUUGCCAUUGCCAUGGAUCUACCCACCAGAAAUUAAUCCAUUAAGAACUAGAACUGCUGCUUCUGCCGUUUCUACUUGUACCAAUUGGUUGACUAAUUUUGCCGUUGUUAUGUUUACUCCUCCAUUCAUUGCUGCCAGUGGUUGGGGUUGUUACUUGUUCUUUGCUUGUAUGAACUUUUUGUUUGUCCCAGUUAUCUUUUUCUUCUACCCAGAAACUGCUGGUAGAUCCUUGGAAGAAAUUGAUAUUAUUUUCGCCAAAGCUUAUGUUGAAAAGAGACAACCAUGGAGAGUUGCUGCUACCAUGCCUAAAUUAUCCUUACAAGAUGUUGAAGACGAAGCUAAGAACUUGGGUCUUUACGAUGAUGAUUUCGAGAAAGAUAACUUUGAAACUAAAGAAGAUAUCUCUGAUGGUUCAAAUGAUGGUUCCAAUGGGGUUUUUGAAAAACCAGAACAAGUUUAG